UCCACAGUGGGGGAUUCCAUCUUCGAUGUUUUGUCAGUGCUGAAGUUAAACAAUCAUACAAGAAGUAUCUUCUUCAUCCAUAGAGAGAGAGAGUGAAAAAGAUUUAUUCAUUUACUUGGUGUGCAAUUUCAUUAUUUUUUUUUACUGUGUGGAAUUUUCAGUGGUUGCCAUUUCGGUAAAUAUGGCCUUAAAUAAAUUUUUGGUAAUAUUCUUGGUGUCGUCAUGUACGCAACAAUUAAUAACAGCAUUUCCUUCACUCUACUUAAACUCGUUUUCAACUCCAUUCACAAGCCUUCAAACACAUGCAUCUCAAUUCAAUAGCUUUCCAACAAAUUUUCUAGCCGCAAGUUAUGGUGGAGCAUUCUUAAAUACACCAUCUUCAUUUUAUUCCCCACUCUUCUCAAGACCCAGUUAUCCCAGUUAUAAUAAUCCUUUGUUUAAUUUCUUUGCUGAAACUCCAUAUUCAAUAUCGACAAACCGAUUAAAACAGGUUCCAUUAAUUGUUGUACCCAAAGAUCAAAUUAACAUGAUAUUAACUGGCCAAGUGAAAGGAGUAAUUUCCAAUAAGAAAAAAUCGAUGGUCACAGUAAAAACACAAAAGAAUCGAUUGGUACAAUGUACUCCAGCAGUACGAGUUGUUUUAGAGCAACCAAUUGUGGUAACCGCUGAACGAACUCAAGUAUUAUUCCCGGCUGAAAUGUCGGUAUUAUUCCAACAUUCACCGUAUCCCAUUAAUGUGGGUGCUGUAAUUGCUCCAGUGGAAUCUGAUACUGUUGUCUCCGAAGAUUCUCCAUUAAGUAUUAAUGUUGUUUACGCAAUCCCAGCCGAAGUUUAUAAAGAUCCAAAUGAAAUUGAUAUUGAAGCUGAUGUACAAUUGAACAAACCAGUAAAUACAGAAGGUGGAGUCGCUACUCUUGGUGGAGAGCCCAGUGAUAACAAACCCCCUAAAACUGACUAUGUUAAUCGUGAUAAAGAUGUAAAAGUUGAUCCAGAGAAACAAGCAGUGGUUGUUGAUAGUCCAUCAAAUAAUGGUGCAGACAGUGAGACAACUACAGUAAAUGUAGAAAAUUUCCCUGAUGGAGUUGGUAAACCUGAACCAGUUGUGACUGACGAAGAUGAUGAAUUAGUAAACCGAAAUCCACCAUCAAAUGAGUUCCACAAUUCAAAAGAAUCCGAUGUAUUAAACGAAUUACGAGAACAAUCGAAAAAACAACGCCUUUAAAAAUUGUUUUUUUACCAGUGUAUUAAAAUUUAAUACUUUUUA